CAAUAUUUCAUGUUAUAGUUGACUUUCUAAGCCUUCACAUCCCCAAAUAAAACUUUGUUCUAAAUCAAUUUCCAUGGCUGACCAAACCAUUUUUUUGUUUCCAUUUCACACUGUUAUAGUUUCAAGAGAUCAUAAUGAACAGCACAGAUGACACUUCUGGGUUCUUAGCUUCAGGCAAUAUAGGAGGUUUUGGUUAUGGCAUCGGAGUUUCAGUCGGAAUUCUUCUUCUCAUCACAACAAUCACUUUAGCAUCCUAUUUUUGCACCCGGGCUCAGCAAAAUAAUGGACAGGGUGGGCAGCAGCCGCCGCAGCGGGGCCAAGAUCAUGACCCUCCAAAUGUUGUCAUCGACGUAGGCCUCGAUGAGGCCACCAUUAAGAGUUAUCCGAAGUUGCUUUAUUCCGAAGCAAAGCUUCAGAAAAAUGAUUCGACUGCGAUGUGUUGCUCGAUAUGUUUGGCCGAUUAUAAAAACUCUGAUAUGCUUAGGCUUUUGCCGGAGUGCAACCAUCUGUUUCAUGCCAAAUGCGUUGAUCCAUGGUUGAGAUUGCAUCCAAGUUGUCCUGUGUGUCGAACGUCGCCAUUACCAACGCCCCAAUCUACGCCUCUAGCUGAAGUUGUUCCGUUGGCGGCAAGCAGGCGAAAUUAGUUGAAAAUUGUUUUUGUGCAUCAUUAGCAAAACCAUCUUGCUGUAUACUGUAAACAGAUAGUUAAAUUUAUAAUUUUUUUUCGUUUUUCCUUUUCAUGUAGAUCCAAAUUUUAUAUGCUAGAACUAAUGAUAUUGAUCAGGAAAUUAUUUAUGCUUUAGAAUUGAGCUCAUAAUCUAAGAGCAAUCAACAUAUUCCGAAUCCAAUGCAUUUAGCUUAUAGAAGCUAGUUUAAUUAGGUGCCUUGAAAUUGAAU